CGGAUUAGCAUCAGUUCUAAACGGAUCAAGCUCAAGUCAACACAACUCGUGCUUAAAACUUUAAACAGAGAAAUUCUUGUGAUUUAUACAGCAAGCGUCAAAACACAGUACACGACAAAAUGAAAGUGACAGCUGUUCUACUGUUUGCCCUCUUCGCUGUGGCCACAGCCGAAUACAAACUCCGCACCCAAGACGACCUGAUGAAGGCCCGCAAGGAGUGCAUGGAAGCCAAGAAGGUCACACCCGAAAUGAUUGAGAAAUACAAGAAAUUCGAAUUCCCCGAUGAUGAAAUCACCCGCUGCUACAUCCAAUGCAUUUUCGAGAAAUUCGAGCUGUUCGAUGCCAAGGAUGGUUUCAAGAACGACAAUCUGGUAGCCCAACUGGGUCAGGGCAAGGAGAACAAGGAUGAAGUUAAGGCCGAUGUUGAAAAAUGUGCCGACAAGAAUGAACAGAAAUCCGAUUCCUGCUCAUGGGCAUUCCGUGGCUUCAAGUGUUUCAUUACCAAGAACAUGCCCUUGGUCAUGGAUAGCUUGAAGAAGAACUAAACCAAACCCAAACCAAAGAAAAACUACAGUCCUGUAGUUCGUGAACUUUCGAAUGGGAACGGCUCGAAAGUUUAGCGUUUAUUUAUAAUUUCUUUUUUUUAUUUGUAUGACUCCAAUCGGAAUAUAUAGAAACGAUACAAACAAAACGCAACACAACUGUCCAAAAAUGUCCAAAAAAUGAAGAACCAAGAACUUGUGCAGCAACAACAAGAACAAUAAUAAUAAUGGAGAUAAUGAAUCAUCAGAAACGUCCUACAAUCGUCAUUUUUCUCAUAUCUUAUGUUUUUUUUUGUAAUUAAGUAUUUAAAACAACAAUCCAAGAAACAAGCAAACAAAACAACAACAUCAAUUUUGUUUAAUGUUCGUUAAGUUUAAAUAAAAUAGCAAAAACCAAAGCACACAUUUCUAAAAAAAAUCAAAAA